AUGCACCGUCCGGGGCCUCUGUUGCGGCAGGACUCUUCUUCGCGGCCGCUGCCCCAGGCCAUCCCGAACCCUCGCCAGGCCAGCAACGGGCGGACGCACUCACACUCCGUCUCCCUGGGCGCCCUCAACUACAACCACCGCGUUACCCGGCGGAAGAGCAUGACCUCGUCCGCCGCCAACAGCAACAAUGCUGCCGCUGCUGCCGCGGCCGCCGUGAUCAGCGAGUCUGGCGCCAGCGCCGGAGCGCCCAUACACACCUCCCACCACCGCCGUGGUCUCUCGCUGCGGCGGGCAGCCGGCCUCGAGUCGACCUCCGCUGGCUCCUCGUCCCCGUUCGGGCCCUCCUCCCAUGCUGCCAGGAACGGCAUGGCUGCAGUCGAUCGCAAGCCAGUGCCGGGGUCCCUGAACAGCAGCAGUGCGGUCUCUGAAGAGCUCUCCGCCGGGACGGGGAACGCUGGCAGGCCGAUCAGCAUCAAGCACAGGAGCAGGCGGGCCAGCGAGGGCUCGCAUCUCAUGAAGGGAGAAGGAAAGAGGUCGCUCGUCGAGCUCAAGUGUGACCGCUGUGGGAAGGGGUAUAAGCAUAGCAGCUGCUUGACCAAGCAUAUGUGGGAACACGAUCCGGCAUGGGCAGUGACAUCAAAGCUCCUCAUAUCGAAACACCAGCAGGUCCAGCUGCUCGAAGCCGCCAGCGUCCUUGUCACGCUCAACGAACCCGUCUCAGAGGAGCAGGCUGCUGCCCGUGCUGCUGCUGCCAGCGGGAGCGGCGACUCGGACCGUUCGUCAACCUCUCCGACUGUGUCUGGCAUUUCCGAGCUCCGUGACGGCCUCAGCUCGACCGAGACCACGCCGCCCCCUACCGGUGACGACGGCGCCUUGUCCAAAUCAUCCAACGACCCUUACCGCUACCCCAGCAGCCAUAGCAGCUAUAAUCAUAAUUAUAAUCACUCCUUCUCCCAGUCCCUCCAGUCCAUCCCUUCUGCCUCCUUCGCCAGCGCAAGCAGCGUUCCUUCUUACUCGCCUGCACACUCUCACUUCCGCCAUUCCAGCACAGAUACCAGACCUUCCACUGCAGACACCAACGGUGUCCUCGACGACGACGCUGCCGGUCUUGCAGCCGCAAUCGAACUCUGCAAUUUUGGUACCCCCAGAUCAGGGCCCAUGGCCAUUCUCGAGGAUGUUCCCCCAGUUCCUCCUCUUCCAGCUCGGUUCUUGGGCCAGAGCGUCGGCAGCACAAUGGCAAUGGCCAACAACCAUUCCAAUGGCUACUUUGGAGACAACAGUACCGUCUCCGGCCCUUCUAGCAGCAUAAACGUCUCAAAUAACAGCGGCAGCAGUGUCUCAGGGGCGACUAUAACUGGAAACUUGGCCGCAUCCACACCAAACAUCUUUGACACCCUUCCCAUGGCCACACACGCGCCUAUAUCAUACCGUGUCUCAGAUGAACGAGACGUCAAGAUGGCCGACAUAAAGCCCGACACCAUCACCCAGCAUUCCAACCUACGGAACGACAGCACCAGUCCGGCCAAUCCUCAGCACUCACGCUCUCGAGAUGACGAGUCAGACCGCGGCUCGCCAUCUUCCGUCGUACACAUGGAUGACGAUGACGAUGGCGUCUUCGGCCACAUGGAAGAGUGAGAUUACCCGACUCAACUGCCAUCUCCUAUAUUUUUCUUGUCUUAAACCCUUCCUACCUCUUUCUUCUAUCACCAUAUUAUUUUGGAUC